AUGAAAGUUCAAAAUAUUACUAAGGCUUUAAAGUUAUCUGGAAUAAAUAGAGAGGGUAUUGCUAUGCUAGUAAAAAAUAGGAAUCAUUUCUUCAUGAAUCAACAAGCAAGAGCAUUUUCAGAUUUUGAUAAGGAUAUCGUUCACGAAUAAGUGGUAGUUAAGAAGAUUGUAGAACCUUAGGAUAGAGAAUAAAGGUAGAGAAGAGAUAGAGACAGAGAUGGGAAUAGAAACAAUAAUACAGACCAGAAUAAACGAAAAGCCUAUACUAAUAAUUCCACUUCUCAAGGUAAUAGAAGACAAUUUUAGCAAAUUAAGGUAGAAGGUGCGAUUGAUAACCAGGGCAGUAAUUCUAGAAUAAGAGAGCUAUAAUAAAAUUGUUAAGGAGUCUAGUUGAAUAAAGCUCAAGAAGAGAUAUUACAAUAUCUAUAGAGAAAUAAAGUUAUGUUGGCUUCAUGGGAACUGCCGAAAGUCAUUAAAAUUUAUUGCAUACAGCUGGCAAAACAAAGACCUAGUGAGCUUAAUAAGAAAUUUUAAAAUUUUAUCAGCAUGAGACAAAAUCAUCAUGAAAUUCUUGAAAUUGUUGAGAAAAACAUCGAAAAAUGUGAUCUAUCUGAGUGGGUUCAAAUUACACAUCUCUACAAUAUAAAUAGAUUAAUGAAAAGAGAUGAAGGAGCUCAUUAUCGAAAGUUUAAAGAUGCAGUUUAAUAAAGAAAUAAACAGUUUUUUAAUAAUCCUGAGUAUGUUGAUCAAGUUAAGGCUCUUGACUUUAAAUAUCUUUGCUAGAUUCUAACUCAUACCUACUCUUUGUAUGUUGAAACCCCACUUAUCCAUGAAAUUGAAGCUAGACUUAACAAUUGGAAUCCAGAGCAGAAACUAGAUCUAGAAGUUAUAUGCAAGUUAGCUUUAGAAGCUAGGGAAAGCAAUAAUGGAAUGGCAGCACUUCAUAAAAUUCUUUAAAAUCUCACAUCAGUUCUUAAGGAAAAUGAUAUUUUAAAUAAUGAGCCAGCUAGCAUCUGUGUCAAACUACUGUCUGCUUAUUCCUAUCUAUAAAAGCAGGUUCAUAGGGAUUACAAAAUAUUGGAUAGACUAUUGAUAGUGAUUAGGAAUAAGGUAAAUGAAGUGUAAGAAAAUGAUGUGUUAAUUCUAACUGAAGCCUAUAAGUACUUGCCAACAAGCACUCCAUUUGUGAAUAAGUUCUACACAGAUAUCUAGGAAAUUAUUUUGCAAUAGGCACUUGAAUCCGACAUCAAUUAAAUAUAGACAGAUUUCCUUGUUUAGUAUAUUGGGUAAUUACUUGAAUGCAAGCAAGCUAAAUAUUUGCCUUAACAAAUGCUGAAUUCUUAUUAAGCUUUAGUUGAGAACAAGCUAAAGUAGUCUUUUAAUUUACCAGCAAAAAGUAUCAAACAUCUUGGCCAAAUUGCUGAAUUUUUCCAAGAUUCAAAAAUUAUCAGAGAUUUCUUAAUAUAAUAAUGCCACGCCUAGUUUGAAAAUCUGUAAUACGAAAAUAUUCAACUUAUGCUGAAGCAGACUAAACUUCAAGAUCCUGAGAAUUAUUUAGCGAACGAGCUUAAUGUAAUAUUCUAUUGCUAACCAAUAUUGAUUUAGAUAGCAGAAAAAAUAAAGGCUAUAUAAAAAAAUGAUGUGCUUAAACAUUCGUAUAUGAUCUAGCAAUUAUUCUUAUUGAGCUAGAUGGAGAGCUAUACAACUCACCACUAAGAAUACACAAAUGCCUUAUUAUAGAAAAUUGUAGAAGGUAUUAAGCUUGUUGAUAAGACUUCAUUCGGUAGACUCAUUUAUUACUACAGAGACCUUCCGUUUUUGGACACAUACUUCAGCGGUGAUUCACUGCUUAACUUCACUAGGAAUAAUUAUCAUUCUGAUCUGUUCUUUAUACUUGCAAUGUAAAAGCCAAGAGAUGAGAUUCUUUUUCACAAGUAUUUUGAUCCGAUCAAGGCCAAGUUUAUUGAUCUAUCAUUCGGAAAAUUAAUGUCUUUUAUAUCUAAGUAUCUAGAUCUCAAUGUUAAAACAUCCCAACUUAACAAUGCAUUCUUGAAGGUGUUGCUUAAAAAUACUUAAUAUCUCCAUAAAAUAGUUCCAGGGUAGAUAUAUGAUAUUGUUGAUUCCAUUUUUGAAUCAGAUUUCAACCUUUAAAAGAGUUCACAAGGCCCCAACCAUAUUAUUUAUCAGAAUAUCUCUCUAGUCUGUGAACUUCUAGGAAUUUUAGACGAGAAACUAUUUAAGCCAGCAUCACGAUAUCUACUGACCCUGAAAAGAUGUAGCGUUUAUAUGCUUUAACCUCCAGAAUUCUUUAUCAAGGGAAUAUAGCAAAGACUUAGGUAGGAAAGCCACUAAGAGCUCGAAAAAUCUAACUUUGUUGAAUUAGUUGGAUUAAUGGCAACAGGUCUAGAGCAUUUGCAAGAUGUGAAGAUUCAGAUUAACAUAAUCAGAUUUAUGAAGAAGCAUUUCAGCUGGGAAAAGAUUAACCAAGAUAUCUAGAAUAAUCUUACAACUGAGAAGAUUGGAUAUAUGGUGGCAUCUUAUAGAUAUGUCUUAAGUCUAAUAGAAGAAAAUGAUAGGAGUAGGUCACUCUCUGAAGGGUCUGAUCUUGUGGGCAUAUUUAACAAUCUGAACUGGAAAUCGAUUCAAGGGUUGGUAAUGCAGUAGUUCAAUUAGGACAUUUAAGAUAAAAACUAUGGUCAAGCAAUCAAUUUACUAAGUUCAGUGAUGCUAUUUGAUAACUCAAUUAUUAAGAAUAUCAUUACUUAACUGAGUUAAGAUAUCUAAGCUAUUAUCGAUAGCAUUAGUGUCGAAGAUUUAUAUGAAAAGAUUAUACGGAUUGGAUAUUUUUCAUCCAUGUCUAGUAAUUUGCUUGCUGAGUAGCUUUUAAACAAAGUAUUCAACAAAAUCUAGGUAGAUCUUGCAAAUGGGAAAUUAAACACAAUUUAAGUUCUGAAACUUCAAAGGCUAUAUGCUUAAUUUGCUCCAAAUAAUCAAGAAUCAUAAUGGGCUUUUGAUGAUGAGGUAAGAAGAAUACAAUAAAAAUUGUGUCCAGAGGAGGAUUAAUAUCAAAAGCUAACUAAACAAUUACUCGUCUUGAAGUAAUUGAAAGCUAGAAAAUGA